AUGUCAAUGUCCCCCUGGUACAACGUGAUCAACACACCUUUACUCCUCGCCGUCAGAUCUGGUCGUACGAAUAUCGUGGAGCUUUUUCUACACCAUGGAGCGCUAGUCAAUCUCGAAACGGACAUUUCCGCCUUAGGAUACGCUGCAGCUCUAGGAGACUACAACGUCACCAGUUUGCUCCUCCACUAUGGCGCCCAUGUAGACCCCGUGGGCGCAAGAUGCGGUCUUCCUCCUCUAGGAUGUGCUAUGGGACUUGGGUAUGCAUCACGGGAAUUCAAUCCACACUCGCUAUAUUGGCCGAGCCGGGAUGGUCGAUCGAGACCCAGUGGAGAUGAUGAGUAUGUCGCUGUGAUUCAGCUGCUGCUGGCUCACGGGGCAGAUCUAAAUUUCCAGUCUGAUGACACCUUUCAGUCUACUUGCCUGCACAGAAUUCCUAAGAGCCCGUGGGGAUCUACAGAGAAACUGUUCGGUCUGUUUCUCGAUUCUGGUGCUGAUGUAAACGCACAAGAUUCGAAAGGAGACACCCCCCUUCAUGUUGCCCUCGCCAGGGAUGCAUUUUCAGGAAAUACAAGGGUCCAAAAGGAGUUUGUGCGAUUACUCUUGAGGUCUGGUGCUGAUGUGAACCUACAGAACAGGGGCGAAUACUGGUUGCGGUGGUAG